AUGUCUCUCGAGUCUAAAUACAUUCUCGGUGCAAACCGAGGACCAUUAUUAACUUCUGAAGGCGGCGCUGUGGGACUCGAGAAGACAGAAUCAGCGGGAGGUCUCUCAUUAACCAGGACACCUACACGAACCCAGAAAUUCCGUCGCCAUUGGAAGCGAUUCUGGCUGAUCUAUUGUAUUGGCAAUGUCAUAUUCUUAGCUAUUUUUCUCCCAAUUUUCUUCUUGAUCUGCAUUCCUGCGAUCGCGCAAUUAGUUGUCAACAAGUCGGAUCUAUGGCUAACCAGCGCGGUAGUCAAUUCACCAAAGCCAGACUCGGUGAUCUUGACACUCCAAACAAAUGUCGACUUGAAGCUCGCUGUACCAGCUCGAAUCGAGAAGCUCCCUCUGAAACUCUUCGAGCGGGCCUUUGGCGUUAGCGAUUAUUAUGCUGAGAUCACUAUUCCCGGUCAGACGAUUAAAGGGAAUCAUACUAUGGGAGUAACAGAUCAAUUCACACCGCUUGGGAACAUGACGGCGUGGAAUGAGUUUGUUCGUCAGGUCGUUUUCCAAGAGGAAACUUCUCUGGCCGUGGAAGGUACGACGAAUGCGUACUUGGGUGUUCUGAAAUCGCAUGUUAAGUUGAACAAGAAUAUCAAAUCGCCAACCUUGAACAAAUUCAAAGGUUUCGCCAUCUCCGACGCAACUCUCCUCCUCCCUGCCGAGUCGAACGGAACAAACCUCAUCGGCAACACAACGCUUCCAAACCCAACAGUCCUUCAACUCGAAGUCGGCACACUUACCCUCGACAUCAAGGCCGGCGAUAUAGUCAUCGGCAACGCAACAGUUAAAGAUGUCACCCUCGUACCAGGUGAUAACACCUUCCCCAUGUACGGGAUAUUAGACAUCACAACAGUCAUCAAGAACCUAGCCGACGUCCUGAAAGCAGAAGCGUCAGCGAUUAAAAACGGGAAUCUGAGUAUCAACGCGGUAACAUCUUCUGUUGUCUGGAACGACACGCUUGUUCCGUAUUAUACAGACAUCUUGAAGGAAUUAACUCUCACAGCCGAGAUUGGAAUUGGAGAUGUGCUGAAGAACACUCUCCGACAUCUCAAGUCGCAAGGGAAUGCAUCGAGCAUUUUGGCAAAUUUGACGGGUGACUUGAAUUUGACCUCGCUCAAUGCUCAGGAGCUUGAGAAGCGAGAUGCGCGAGCCCCUGUUGACUUGUCUGGUUUCUUGAAAGAGAAUGAGCAUGUCCAAGAUAUAUUGCAGGAUGUCGGGCCAGAUGACCGAGAUUUGAUCAUUAACUGGGUCGCUUCGUCAUAUCCUGAUAGUUGA